UACAAAAACGCCUCUUUGACGUCAUCAGCCCGAUUCUGGUAGUUUUAGGGAAGAGGAAGAUAUGGCCGCAAGGUUACUGUUGAGAAGCGCCGUCCGGGCCGCGACGACUUGCAGGGCCUCUCCAGCGGUCGCGCUGAGCAGAGGGAUGGCGGCGGGAGGUAUUCCCACUGAUGAGGAGCAGGCAACCGGACUCGAGAAGAAGAUUAUGAAUGCUAUGAAAGCAGGCUCAGAUCCUUACAACAUGAUUAAUCCACCUUCCAUCACCAACAAAAGGAUUGUUGGCUGUGUCUGUGAGGAGGAUAACACUGCUGUGGUUUGGUUCUGGCUCCAUGAGGGUGAAGCCCAGCGCUGUCCUUCAUGCGGCUCUCAUUACAAGCUAGUGCCUCAUGAGCUUCCUCACUGAUCCUGCUGCCUCCACCGCAGCGUUGCAUCCCAGAAUUCCAGAGACGUCUUGACCUCAUUCAUGUUUGUCUUUUUGCAAAGAAGUACAGGAGAUGUGACCUGUCCUCCUGGUGUGGGACACAAUAUUCUAACAAUUCCUAAAAAAUAAAAAAUCAGUUUACUUAAAUUAUUGGAGUAUACUUUUUGAGUUUGGUCCAGUUACAGCUAAUAAACAUGCUUACUCUGA